CUUUCAUUCCCAUAAUUGCCGUCGUAGCUUUUCUCCAGCCAGAUUCUCCUUCGCUCAAACUCGACCUCCUCUCAUAUCUCUACUCUAUCCUACAAGGAAUUCUGAUAGUUUGAUCAGAUCCACGACACCCACAGCAGUGAAAAUAUCUGCUAGGUAUCUAUGACGCUUGGCUCAUCAGGAUCUAGUGUAGUGGUACCAAGAAAUUUCAGAUUGCUGGAGGAACUGGAACGGGGAGAAAAAGGUAUUGGAGAUGGCACAGUGAGCUAUGGAAUGGAUGACGGUGAUGACAUUUACAUGCGCUCUUGGACUGGCACCAUUAUUGGUCCUCAUAAUACCGUACAUGAAGGAAGAAUUUAUCAAUUGAAGCUCUUCUGUGAUAAAGAUUAUCCAGAGAAGCCCCCAAGUGUUCGAUUUCAUUCUCGUAUCAAUAUGACUUGUGUUAAUCAUGAAACUGGAGUGGUUGAACCAAAGAAAUUUGGUCUUCUGGCAAAUUGGCAACGAGAGUACACCAUGGAGGAUAUACUGACCCAGUUGAAGAAGGAAAUGGCAGCUCAACAUAACCGGAAGCUGGUGCAACCUCCAGAAGGUACCUACUUUUAAUCGUACAGAUCAGAUCGUGUUGCAUUUGCAAUAUGCAAUAUAUAGUGUGUAAUGCUUUGUCCAGAAACAUGUAGGGGAAUCCCCUAAAGAUCUUUAUCUCACCGUGGCUCCAGAUUUGUUCUCUCUUAAUUUAUCAACUGUGUUCAAGGAUGCUGUUUGAUUUAUGGGAUAUUAUCGGUGUCAAAUAUUUAAAGGCGCCUGCUUAGGUUUUAAUCA